UGGAUCCUCUGUACAUAGAAAAACGACAAAAAAAUAGAAUUGGACAUUUUCCAUUGCUACUAACUUGUCCUGGUUACAGGUAGAACUAAAGAAAUGCGCACACUUAUGGUCCAUAUAUUUAGCGUUUUAAUUUAACCAUGUGUAGUACAUCUAAAAGAGACAAUGAGAAAUUCUUGGUUCAACAAGACAACAGUCAUCAAAAGGGUAGAAAUGUAGCGUUGCACAUGUCAGAGUACUUUACAGCUUUGAUUGGAUACAUAUAAUAUAUGACAAAGGGUGAUGUAAUUAUCUGAAUUACUGUAGAUGUGAAUAGUUUAAGAGUGAAGUAUGGUUAUAAGUCGAAUGCGAAGAUCCGUCGUUAUGAAAGAGGUAAUGUGUGUUAUUCAUAUACCAUUCUCACACUCAAUAUCAAUAUAUUAUACUGAACAAAAAUGUAAACACCACAUAUAAAGUGUUGGUCCCAUGUUUCAUGAACUGAAAUAAAAGAUCCCAGAAAAGUUCCAUACGCACAAAAAGCGCAUUUCUUUCUAAUCUUGUGCACCAAUUUGUUUACAUCCCUGUCAGUGAACAUUUCUCCUUUGCCAAGAUAAUCCAUUCACCUGCUGACUACAGGAAUGGCCACCAGAGCUGUUGCAAGAUAAUUUAAUAUUCCUUUCUCUACCAUGUCGUUUUAGAGAAUUUGGCUGUAUAUCCAACCGGCCUCACAACCGCACACGACGUGUAACCACGCCAGCCCAGGACCUCCACAUCCGGCUAUUCACCUGUGGGAUCGUCUGAGAUCAGACACCCGGAUAGCUGAUGCAACUGUGGGAUUGCACAACUGAAGAAUUUCUGCACAAACUGAUCACAUUGUUGUUGUCGUCGUAGAAGAGUACAGAGAUGGGACUGAGCUUGGUGGGUGCGCAGCACGCUUUGGGAACCUCAUCCGGCUUCAAAAGGUGAACCUGCCAUGAAAAAAGAAUCAACUGUACUGGAUGAGGUCCAGUUGGAUGUGCCACUGCUGCCAGUUAUCCUUCAUGUCCAGGAUGCUGCUAUCAUCCUUGAGGAGGCCACUGGUAAUUGGCAGCUGAUACCGAUUAGGUACAGCCCCCUGUACUGUGGGCCUGUUGUGAUCAGGAACAAUGCCAGUCCGGUGGCUAAAGCCUGGAGAACUUUCCAGUUCAUCAGCCCCAUUAUCACCUACAUGUGUGGGGGAUCCCAGCAGGUGGUGGUGAGGAUGCACCAUGUGAGUAGGGUUCGAGGCCUGGAGACUCAACUGGUGUGGGCCAUCUCCAAGGAGACAGCCAGGCUUAGUCCAGAGGGCAUCCCCUACUGUGCCACCAAGGUGCAGUCCGUCACUUGGAUCCAGUAUGUGGCUGGCAGGGUGACCCAGUAUGCGUCUCACCUCCGCCACGAGACGUCUGUGGACGUGACGUUUGGCUGCUACCAGCAGCAGACUGAUGUCUCGGUGGUGUACGCCACUCUCCACAUGGGGCUGGAUGGGCUGCUCUCCUCCUCGGCAUGGUCGGAGGCUGCCUCCGUCUCUACGCCCACCAAUCAGCAGUUCACUGAGCCAGAGCCUGAAGGCCACAACUGCUAUGAGGGCUGGGAGGAGGACCUGCUGCCUGAGGAGAGGGAGGUUCCUCUGCUAAACCUCUACCUUACCACCAAGAGAGUGGAGGACAUCGCCCUGAGGCUCGUCUCCCUGCGCCAGGCCUUCACUACACUGCUUGGUUCCACCCUGAGCAGGAACCAUCUGUUUGUGGCAGGAAAGGUCCUAAUGGGCGCACUGGUUCAAGCCCACCACAUGGACGAGGCCGAAUUCAUCCGUGCCUAUAAUGACUUUGUGGACUACCUGAGUGACCCCUCGAAGGAGAUUGACAUUGAGAGGGAGCUGGCUGAGGCAAAGAUCCAUCAUGUUAACCUGAUAGAUGUCCUCUUUGAACUGGUGCUGUUUGGGUUGAUGAUAGCUCAGAAGUCCCUGAUUGUGCACCCUGGUGGGUUCAUGGAGCGUCUGUACGCUCUCCUGUACUCCUUCCUGCCCGCUGCUGCCAGCAUUGAGCCAAAGGCUGAGAGAUACCUGCUGCUGCUCAAUGGCGGGCUGAUGGCUCUGCUUGAUGACAUGUUUGGGCAGCAGCUGGCCUGGUACUUUAACCCAGAAUCUCUGGUCACUGAGCUCUCCAGCCUCCUGGAGUACCACCUGGAGAACAUCAUGGCCAGCAUGUAGUCCUACUGCAGAGAUCUGAAAGGCCACUCUCUCUCUGUCUGUCCAUCUCUCUCUCUCUGUCCGUCCAUCUCUCUCUCUCUCGCUCUCCAUCCAUAUCUCUCUCUCUGUCCCUCCAUCCAUAUCUCUCUCUCUGUCCAUCUCUCUUUCUCUCUCUCAGGAUUUGAGGACUUGAAGUGCUUUGUUGAACCUUGAUUAGUUAACACAAAUUAAAUUAAUGUAUUCUCUUGUUUUCUCUCCCCACAGGAUUCUUGUGACACUUUGCCACCUAACAGGGAUCUGGACACUAAUGCACUACAUUACUUUGCACUGAAUUUUACAUUUUUAAAUAAAAUAACUGGUAGU